AUGGAGUCUCAGAGAUGGAAGAACUGCAAAUUUGCUCAUGUGAGCAACAAACAAGGCCAAGGAGCGAUCAACCCUGCCAACUCGACUGCGCGUCCCGAGCCCAGACAAGCCCAUGGCUUGACAAAUUCCGAAAAGUCAUUGCGAGCGUGGCAAGCUAGUGUCCCGUUAUACACAGCGCGCGUUCGUCCCUCGUCCGGAAAAAAGACGGCCAUUUUCCAAAAGGCAAGGCAACUGAUCGAAUCAAAUGCCAGUGUACGGCAAGAGGUCAUCCGGACACUGGCUAGUGAGGAUGGUCUGAGACUGGUACUGGACCUUGUUCAGGAGAACUUCGAAGACAUGGAUGAUACAACGAGAGACAUCAUAUUCAAGACACAGGUGCUUCCGUUUCUAGAGAUAGUGACAAAUCCCGAGGUUUCAUCUUCGCUGGUGUUGGAGCAGGCAGUGGGCACAAUCUACAAUGUCUUGUUCGGCCUCGAUGGGACUAGAGCGGCACGUUGGCUCAAUUUCACCUGUGGCGUGCUCGAAAUUGAUACCACAAACGAAGGCAGUGCUAUGUUACUAGAGGCGACUCUACACACUUUCUCUCGAAUUGCGGACCUCAAUUCCACGGCACCUAUCCAGGAUUGUCUUCAUGUUGUUGCACAGAGAUUCAAAGCCGUCUUCACUUUGAUGAACGACAAGGCGGGUAUGACUGCUAGACUCUAUCAAUCUCAGUUGCAUCUCGAUCAUCUUCUCCAACGGAUGGAGACUGGGAAGUUGCUUCAGAUGGGUAUAUCCAAACCGACGAUCAAAAAUGAGAAACCCGUAACAUUCAUUGCUCAACGCGAGACCCCUGGGGGUAGACACAAUAACGACUUUGACGACAUCUGCCAAAUCAGGAUCAUGCCUAGCUUCGAGGAGAUCUGCUGUCGUCAGACCGAGUACUUGCCUGUCAAUGAUCCACUUCAAUGGCACAUUGAAGGUAUUGAUGGGCUGCUGGAUAGGAACUUCCGAUUGUUGCGCGAAGACACCGUCGGUCAGCUUCGAGAUGCAAUCCAUCACGAACUCAACCCGCAUCCCCAGCUACCACAAUUGCGUAGGUUCGUUUACCCCAACUCUCUGGUGGUAAAUUUAGGAUUCAAUUGGCUUUCGGGCCUUUACUUCGAAGUUGACUUCCCCCAGCCUGCUGGAGUGAUGAACUACACAGCCCAAGCCAGGGAGAUGUGGUGGCAGAACUCAAAACGACUACAGCCCGGUGCACUCGUCUGUCUAGUGAUUCAGAAGGAUGUGGUGUUGUUUUGUACCGUGACACACCGCGAUAUGUCACCCCGACGAAACAAAGACCCCGUCAAACCCCAGGAUCAGACCCAUCCACAGACAAGGACUGAGCCCAGGACUCUUUGGAAGAGCUCCAAGAGAGGCUCGGUCACACUCAUGCUGGUGGAUUCUAGGGAUACCAAUGCUGAAGUUGUGUUAGACUUGUUCAGUCCAAAGAAACCCGUUAUAUCCUUGGUGGAGUUUCCGGGAGUCAUACUUCCAGCUUUCGAACCAGCCCUCCGAGCACUCCAAUCGAUCAAAUUAGCCAAAAACCUGCCUUUUUCUGAGCUUUUCGUCCCUUGGGCCUUUGAGAAUGCCAAUCUACCCAACGUCGCUCCCCCAUUGUAUGCAGCGCAGCCUGGCUUUGCAUUCAAUCUCCGCUGUCUCAUGGACAAUGAUGUCAAUUUCUACGUCCGCACCAAUCAGCCAACUGACAUGCAAUAUGUGCAGGACCAUUCAACUCUAGACCGGGCACAGGCUCAUGCGUUGGUCAAUUGUCUGAAGCGAAAGCUUGGUUUGGUCCAAGGACCACCUGGUACUGGCAAAAGCUACACGGGUGUGGCUCUUAUCAAAGUUUUGCUCGCAAACAAAGACGUCGGUACAGCAAGGUUGGGACCCAUAUUGUGUGUCACAUAUACCAAUCAUGCCCUCGAUCAGCUUCUUGAGUCUCUCCUAGACAACAACGUGACAUCUCAAAUCAUUCGUAUCGGAUCUCAAUCGAAGUCCGAGAGAUUGGAAAGGUUCAACCUCCACACCGUUGCGAAAGAGACUGCAAGAACGAAAAUGGAGAAGAAAGAAAGAUGGAGCACGGCUGAGAGACUCUCAUCGUGCGAAGAUGGGUUUCGCGCUCUUGAUCUGAAAAAGGACAUUCCCAUUAGCCGGCUAAAAGCCCAUAUCCAACGAUCAAAUUCCCGUCAUCACGAUCAGCUCUUCUCAUUGACCCGUGACGACGGUUUUCAGCAAAUGAAGACACAUAACCCGCAGACUGCAAUUACCUCCUGGCUUGAUUCCGGACCGAAAAGAAAUGCCUGUCGGAGGACUUUGGAAGAGCUCCAGGAAAUCAAUGUCUUCAACAUGACCCGGCAGGAACGCCAGCUCAUUUACAACCACUGGUAUCAAGGGUAUCGAGCAGAAGUGGAUGAGAAGGUUAUGCAGAUCAUUUCGUCGCACAAAACUGCCAAGUUCGGAUACGAUAACGUCCAGGAUGAGAUGCAUCUUCGUUGCUUGACUCAAGCAGAUGUCAUUGGGGCCACGACAGCGGGACUUGCUCGCAGGCUGGAUAUGUUCCGAAGACUCCCAUGUAAAUUCAUGCUAUGUGAAGAAGCUGGUGAAGUCCUUGAAUCUCAUCUGCUUACCGCGUUUCUACCUUCUGUCGAGCAUGCAAUCCUCAUUGGUGAUCAGCAACAGCUUCGGCCUCAAGUUCAAAAUUAUGACCUUUCCAGUGAGAAUAUUCGGGGUGGCGUGCAAUACUCUCUUGAUAUCUCAUUGUUUGAAAGACUAGUAUGUUCCAACAAGACCCCCAUGGACUGUGGAGUUCCAUUCAGCACCUUGGAGACCCAGCGCCGAAUGCAUCCAUCCAUCGCUCAGCUCAUCCGGGAAACAUCGUAUCCAAACUUGAAAGAUGCACCGUCAGUCUCUCAGUACCCGGAGGUUAUGGGAAUGCGAAAGAGACUAUUUUGGUUGGAUCACCGACAUCAAGAAGGAGGUUCCUUUGAAGCCGAUCUAACGUCAACUUCCCAUUGGAACAAUUAUGAAAUUGACAUGACUGUUUCCUUGGUCAAUCAUCUUGUUCAACAAGGCGAAUAUAAACUUGGAGAUAUUGCAGUACUGACUCCGUAUCUGGGCCAACUCCAUCGCCUACGAAAGAGAUUGAAUGAAUUCUGUACCAUUCUGAUCGGAGACCGUGAUCAAAAUGACCUUGAUCAGGCUGGAUUUGGGAAUGAAAUCAAGGAGAAACCUCCGAGGAAAGCACCUUUGUCCCAAGCUCUUCGGGUGGCCACCGUGGACAACUUUCAAGGGGAAGAGGCUAAGGUUGUCGUGAUAUCGCUGGUCAGAAGCAAUACGAAGAACAACUGCGGCUUUUUACGAACUUCCAAUCGGAUCAAUGUCUUGUUAUCGAGGGCACAACACGGCAUGUAUAUCAUCGGCAAUUCAGAGACCUCAGCCCAUGUUCCCAUGUGGGCCCAAGUCGUUAAAAUCCUGAAAAGGGAUCAUAACAUUGGAAAUGUCCUGGAACUGCAAUGCCCUCGUCAUCUAGAUACCCUAAUUGCGGUCUCGAUGCCAGAAGACUUCCUGAAGUUCUCACCCGAAGGUGGUUGUAAUCUGCGCUGCAUAAGCCGGCUCACAUGUGGACAUGCCUGUGUUCAAAAAUGCCAUUCCGACCUGAUGCACAACGCCGUGCACUACGAAGUCGAUGCUGAUGGCAAGCCCGUGUCUAUCCGGGUAUCAUCGACUCCUUUCUCUGUUCAAGACAUUAAAACGUGCGCCACAUGCCGUGGUUCAUUGAGGGAUAUUGCCCGGUAUGGCCGACUGAUACGUCGAGCUAUCCUUGAUGAAUCGACAAAGAAAUUGAUUCUUUUACUCAACCGGGAGUAUGUUCCUCUCGCGCAGGAGCUUCCUAAGCUCGUCCAUGAGCUAAAAGCAACAGAAGACCAGAGAAAAUCUCCAUGGCCAUCGGUGAUAGAGAUAAAUGGCUCGCGAGCCCAACAAAUUCAGAACAUGGGAGAUAUCAUGGAGGACACAAAUCCAGGCAGAUGGGAUAGGAUCCUCAACCUGCGCAAGCGAAUUGAAGGUUAUCGAGGUCGUGUGAAACCCGAGGAGCAGCCUAUUGAAAGAGUUCGCAAAAUGCUAGAAAAUGCCCGACAACGCAAGAAAACAACAGCCAAUAUGGACUACAUCGACAAUGUCCUACAAACCAAAGGCUUCUUACAAGGAACCGCCCUUUUGCUUCGUCUGGACAUCAUUCUAAUUGUUGAUCUAUUGAGCCUCGUAUCCGAAGGACGACCAAGCCAGGUUAUGUUAGAGCUUGAUUUCCACAAGAUCCGGGACGAUUGCCAGGCCCUCAUCCAACAAGCGACUACUCACCAUCGACUUUUGCAGCAAACAGAGGGUCAUAUUUUCCUUGCACAACUUUAUGCCCUCGAACGAGCACAUUGCUGCACACGAGACAAGACCAUGAAGAUUAUGCAGCACGGCCAGCUCGCAAUUGCCCGAGCCAGGUCUUUGUGCGACGAGCACCCGGGCCAGACACGGGGAUUGGCAGGUGAAGUUGACAGUGUCGAGAAAAUGUUGCGCGAGGGCACAUUCUACACAAUUAUCACUAAUGAGGAACGAAUGGCAGUGAUCUCUGCGAUGGCGCAAGAAUUCCAAGGAAGUGGGCAUUGGUACUACUGUCGCAAUGGACAUCCCUUUACAAUUGGAGAAUGUGGAGGAGCCGAGGAAAUGGCUUCUUGUCCUGAGUGCGAUGCCCCAGUGGGGGGCGAGUUCCAUCAGAUGGUAGCGGGUGUUACUCGAGCGUAUGAUCUGGAACAAGAUAUGGCCAGAUUGAAUCUUCGGGAGGGAGGUGGCUGA